AAAUAAAUUCAUUACGAAGUCAUGGAUUUUUCGCGGUACUCGUUUAGUUAUUAGUCGGGUUAGUCAUCAUCCAUUGCUCAUGUCAAGUACAACUACUACAGUACAAUCGUUUACCAUUUACUCGCGAGCGGGGAAAGUUUGUCUUAAUCAAUCUGAAUCUUAUUAAAAGCGAGUUAUUUACAAGUUGAAGUUACUUCCUUCCAUAAGCUACCUACGCGCCGGUUCUCUAAACCUUGUGCGCAUUUCGUGCUUACUGCCCAUCGGCUGCUAUGUACUUUAUAUUUUUUAUUUAGUAUCCGGAGUUUAAUUGCUAUUUACCGAGAUUUAAUAGUGCUAAUUCUUGUUUUGAUGUUGUCUAUAUUCGCUGUGAUAGAUUUUUAAAAGUGAUAUCGAUUUACGUAAACCCAAAAUGCAUACCAAAGAUUUUGUGAUUUUGUUUAUUUUUUUCAAAUGUUGUAAUUCCAUAAGUGUUUCAGAACCACUUUCUUCUAAGGAAGAAAAUAACCUCCCAACAUCAGAUAUAAUAUUUCCGAGCAAUGUGACUGGCACCGAAUAUAAUUUAGAAACGGAAGAACUUGAUUCCUCCAAAGCGGAAAACAAGACGACUUUGUCUGAAUCAUUCGACAUGAGACAUUUUAAUAUAUCAACAUUCAAGAAAGAAAAAGUGGUUUAUUCGUUUGUGCCAUUGGAAGACCCGAAAGAUCCAAAAUCCAACGUCGAACUUAUCGAAGACGGACAAAAUACAGAGGACGAGUUCAUGGCAAGUAGCUUGAAUAUGAUUCGACCAGAAAAACAAACUGCCACGAAACAUGGGCGAUUAGCAGCUGUUUUGACAAUGUCAUUUCUGUUUAUUUCUAUAGCAGGAUAUUUAGGAUUACUAUAUUGGAGACGACAGUUACAAAAGCGAUACGGUAACAGACAAAUUUUGUCAAAUGAAGAUGAAUAUAUUAAGGACGAUUUGAAACACUUUUCGCUUUGAAAUUGAAAAAUUUCCCGCAAGUGAUUCAGUGAAACCCAAGUGCAAACCACAUCGCUACAGUAAAUUAGAAGAGGAACUUUUGGUAUAAAAAUCUGCAAAGAACUGGAUUUUACCGGUGAUACGCAGUAGUAGUCACUGUUAUUAGGUAUUUUUUUUUGAUGGCCAAUAUUUCUAAAACUUGUUAUUUUUUUCAACCGUCAUGUGAAUUAUUAAGGAGGUAUUUAUUGACUUGUAAAAUAAUUUUUAAAAAUUUAAAUAAAAUUAUUGACAAAAUAAGAUAAGAGAUUUAAAAUUAGUGUUUCCAAUUGUGUAUGACAAUCAAGCAACUUAAAAAUUCAAGAUACUGGGUGUUGUAUGAAGUUCUUUACAGGACAAGCAACAAUAUUCCUUAAUUACAGGUCAUGAAAAACAUACAGGACCAGUUGGAAACACUAGUUAAAAUACUGCUCGACAUACCGCAAAUUAAAAAAUAUGUAACAAAAUUGAUUAAAAUAUGUGAUGUAGAUGAUUUGAUUCUGUAUUUGUUAUACGCACAAUAUUCACACUGGAACCAGUAUACAGGGUGUCCCAAGAAAUGGUGCAUUAAAAUACUUUUUUCUAAAACAAAUUAGUCCCAUCAUUCUUGGAAUAGAUUCCUAAGAAACUGAAAACCCAAAAGUAAAAAAAGUAAUCUAAAAUCCCUUAAGGGAGUUGUCCCCAUCAGCAGAUUCACAGAGGCGGGAUUCUAAUUGAAUUUUGUAAAUAAACAUCAACAUAUUUUUAGCAACAAGUGUUAUAUUGAUGAGAGGUCCCGAGGUCCUUGAUUUGCUGUUACAUUUUUUUAAUAAGAAACACAUUUCCAAUGAGUUUGCCUCAUUCCUUUAUCUUAAUGAUCUCACUUGAUACUUUCAAACCACAUAUUUUUAAAAACAAUAAUGUACAUAUUCCUACUAGGGUUGCCACCCGUACUUUAUUAUAAAGUAUUGUACUCUA